AUGGCUAUGCAAGAACGCAAGCUUCCCUUUGGGAAGAUUGAGCCCAACUCGGCUAAGUAUUUCGCCAGCUGCACGCUCGGAGGCAUCGUCGCCUGUGGACCUACGCACACCGCAGUGACACCGCUUGACCUGGUCAAAUGCCGCCGGCAAGUCGAUCCCAAAAUCUACACCUCCAACCUGUCGGCCUGGCGCUCGAUCAUGGCCAAGGAAGGCGUGCGCGGGGUCUUCUUCGGCUGGACGCCGACCUUCCUCGGCUACUCGCUGCAGGGCGCCGGCAAGUACGGCUUCUACGAGUACUUCAAGUACCUGUACGGCGACCAGCUCUUCCCCAACUCCAACCGCACCGUAGUCUACCUGGGCGCCAGCGCCUCGGCCGAGUUCUUCGCGGACAUGAUGCUGUGUCCGAUGGAGGCGAUCAAGGUGCGUAUGCAGACCACUCUCCCGCCGUACGCGCACAGCCUGCGCGAGGGCUGGGGCAAGAUCACGGCCAAGGAGGGCAUGGCGGGCCUGUACAAGGGCCUGUACCCGCUGUGGGCGCGGCAGAUCCCCUACACGAUGACCAAGUUCGCGACCUUCGAGGAGACCGUCAGGAUGAUCUACAAGACGAUUGGGAAGCCCAAGGAGCAGUGCUCGGGCGUGCAGCAGACCGGGGUCAGCUUCCUGGGCGGCUACAUUGCCGGCAUCUUCUGUGCGAUUGUCAGUCAUCCGGCCGAUGUGAUGGUCAGUAAGCUGAAUGCGGAUCGCAAAGCUGGCGAGGGCGCGAUGACGGCGGUGUCGCGGAUUUACGGCAACAUUGGAUUCUCGGGCUUGUGGAAUGGCUUGCCGGUUAGAAUUGUCAUGCUUGGCACCUUGACUGGGUUCCAGUGGUUGAUCUAUGAUUCGUUCAAGGUGUUCCUUGGUUUGCCGACUACUGGUGGACAUUAG